GCGUGCGCAGUGGCGGGAGGUUCGGGGAUGGCGGCGCCUCCGCGGCCUGCUGCUUCGGUCCUCCCCGGCGGCCCGGCGUCUCGCGGCUCCCUUCGGCCCUUUUUCUCCGGAAAAAGUGAACCGGGGAGUGAAUCAACCAAACAAUGAGUUAAUUGUAUGCAAACUAAAGUGGAGUAUCAAACAUGGGUGUUCAGGCGUUACGUGGAGGUAGGCCGGGUGGCCUACGUUUCCUUUGGGCCACAUGCUGGAAAGCUGGUCGCAAUUGUAGAUGUCAUUGAUCAGAACAGGGCCUUAGUGGAUGGACCCUGCACUCGGGUGAGGAGGCAGGCCAUGCCUUUCAAAUGCAUGCAACUCACUGACUUCAUCCUCAAGUUCCCGCACAGUGCCCGCCAGAAGUAUGUACGGAAGGCGUGGGAGAAGGCAGAUAUCAAUACGAAAUGGGCAGCCACAAGAUGGGCCAAGAAAAUUGAUGCCCGAGAAAGGAAAGCCAAGAUGACAGAUUUUGAUCGUUUCAAAGUCAUGAAGGCAAAGAAAAUGAGGAACAGAAUAAUCAAGACUGAAGUAAAGAAACUUCAAAGAGCUGCUAUCCUGAAAGCUUCUCCCAAAAAGGCAGCUGUUGCUAAAGCUGCCAUUGCUGCGGCUGCGGAAGCAGCUGCUAAAGCUAAAGUCCCAGCCAAGAAGGCGACAGGACCAGGCAAGAAGGCUCCUGCACAAAAGGCUGCAGGUCAGAAGGCAGCAGCUCCUGCUAAAGGUCAGAAGGGCCAGAAGACCCCAGCCCAGAAAGCACCUGCUCCAAAGGCCGCUGGCAAGAAAGCAUGAGGCUACACAAAGAAAGAAUAAAGGUUCUUUUUUGACUGACAUGA